UUCAAGAUCCCGCAGAUCAGUUAUGCGUCAACGGCCCCGGAAUUGAGUGACGACAGGCGUUAUGACUUCUUCUCACGGGUGGUUCCUCCAGACUCAUUCCAGGCCCAGGCCAUGGUGGACAUUAUCCGAGCCCUGGGCUGGAGUUACGUCUCCACCAUCGCCUCAGAGGGAAGCUAUGGAGAGAAGGGAGUGGAGGCCUUCACACAACUCUCUAAAGAAGCAGGUGGAAUCUGCAUCGCCCAGUCUUUGAAAAUUCCCCACAACCCUAAACUGGAGGAUUAUGACAAAGCCAUCCAACAGCUGCUGGAAACACAGCACUCGCGGGCAGUCAUCAUCUUUGCCAGUGAAGAAGACAUACGGGGAGUUCUCAAUGCCACCAAGAGGGCCAAUCAGGUCGGCCAUUUCCUGUGGAUUGGAUCUGACAGCUGGGGGGCCAAGAGCAGCCCGAUCCACCAGCUCGAGGAUGUAGCGGUGGGUGCAGUCACUAUACUGCCCAAACGCUCUUCCAUUGAAGGGUUUGAUGAAUACUUUACUGCUCUCACCCUGGAGAACAAUCGCAGGAACGUGUGGUUUGCAGAGUUUUGGGAGGAAAACUUUGACUGCAGACUCCUCAGUUCCUCAAAGAGAGAGGAUUCCAGCCGUAAAUGCACAGGCCAGGAGCGCAUCGGGAUAGACUCCAAGUACGAGCAGGAAGGGAAGGUGCAGUUUGUGAUUGACGCGGUGUAUGCCAUGGCCCACGCUCUCCACAACAUGCAUAGGGACUUAUGUCCUGAUCAUCCUGGCGUCUGUCCACAAAUGGAGUCUGCUGAAGGAAAGACUCUGCUGAAGUACAUACGCAAUACCAGCUUCAACGGCAGUGCUGGCACCACUGUUGUGUUUAACAAGAACGGUGAUGCUCCAGGACGCUAUGACCUGUUCCAGUUCCAGAUGACCAACUCCUCCACCCCAGAGUAUAAGGUGGUAGGACAGUGGGUGGAGACCCUCCAGCUCAGGCUGGAGGAGCUUCAGUGGCCAGAUGGGGAGCAGGAGGUGCCUAUCUCUGUGUGCAGUCUGCCCUGCAAAACUGGAGAGAGGAAGAAGAGGGUAAAAGGCAUGCCGUGCUGCUGGCACUGUGAGCUAUGUGAUGGCUACCAGUACCAGUACGACGAGACGUCCUGCAGACUGUGUGCCUACAACAUGAGGCCCAACCCCAACAGAACCGCCUGUCAGCCCAUCCCCAUUGUCAAGCUGGAGUGGCACUCACCUUGGGCAAUUAUUCCCGUCUUCCUGGCCAUGCUUGGCAUCAUUGCCACCAUCUUUGUCAUGGCCACCUUCGUACGCUACAACGACACGCCCAUUGUGCGGGCGUCGGGCCGAGAGCUGAGCUAUGUGCUGCUAACUGGCAUCUUUCUGUGUUACAUCAUCACCUUCCUCAUGAUUGCCAAGCCUGAUGUAGCUGUGUGUGCCUUCAGGAGGAUCUUCCUGGGCCUUGGCAUGUGCAUCAGCUACGCCGCACUGCUCACCAAGACCAACCGCAUCUAUCGAAUCUUUGAGCAGGGCAAGCAGACGGUCGCAGCCCCGCGCUUCAUCAGUCCCACUUCCCAGAUUGCCAUCACUUCCAGUCUGAUCUGCGUGCAGCUGCUGGGCGUGCUGGUGUGGUUCGCCGUGGACCCUCCAAACACCAUCGUCGACUACGAUGAGCAGAAAACCAUCAACCCCAUGCUGGCUCGUGGCGUGCUGAAGUGUGACAUCACAGACCUACAGAUAAUCUGCUCAUUGGGCUACAGCAUCCUUUUGAUGGUAACCUGCACCAUCUACGCCAUCAAGACUAGGGAUGUACCAGAAGACUUCAAUGAGGCCAAACCCAUUGGCUUCACUAUGUACACCACUUGCAUAGUCUGGCUGGCCUUCAUCCCGAUUUUCUUUGGCACAGCCCAGUCGGCAGAGAAGCUGUACAUACAGACAACCACCCUGACCAUCUCCAUGAACCUCAGUGCCUCGGUAGCACUGGGCAUGCUCUACAUGCCCAAGGUGUACAUCAUUAUCUUUCACCCUGAGAUGAACGUACAGAAGAGGAAGCGUAGCUUCAAGGCUGUGGUCACAGCUGCCACGAUGUCAUCACGUCUGUCCCAGAAGCCCAACGAGAGGCCCAAUGGAGAGGCUAAGACUGAGCUGUGUGAGAACCCCGCUGCUGACCCCAUGAGUCAAGCAACCAAGAAAACAUAUGUGAGUUACAACAACCUCAGGAUCUGAUCUGCUUGAAAAUGAAUGGCGUUUGUCCUUUAUCUGUGAUUGAAAAGGGAGGGGAGCUCUAGAGGAACAGAGAAAGAAAGACAGAGACAGGAGAGCGAGCGCAGGCAUCCCAGCACCACCUGCAGUACCUAUGCACUCCAGGACUGUGGAUAGCAUCCAACCUUCAACCAGACAUGAUACAUGAGUCCUGACAGAGACUAGCACAGCUGUAGGCCCGUGUGGCUGGGUCAGCGUCACGAACCAAACUGUAGGUUUUAAACUUGUUGUUGUGGCCCCCUUCUCUCUGCUAGAGAACAACUUGCCUGCUAAAAGGGGUCACUGUGAACGAGGAUGGUCGCAAAAAAAAAAAAAGGACAGUGGAUCCACUUUCAAGAUAUUUUCUUUUGAAAUGUCAUUAAAGCCAUAUUCUCUUGGGGUUCCCAUUAUCUGAUUUCUGUUUUGUAUUGUUUAUAAGUGAUUUUCUUCUGUGCCUCCUUUUGUUUGCAGUUGAUUUAAUUACCUUGAACAGCAAGCUCUGCCACAUACAGUAUUUUGUUUUUACCAACUCAAAUCAGUCCCAGAUGAUUAUUAUUGUUAGAGUGAUGGGCAUUGUAACUAUAUUUUUUUGUAAAUAUUUGAGAGUAUUUUCAUGUUUGGAGUACAAAAAUAGAUAUCCAGUCUUUGUUCAAUUGGAUUUGGAUGGUAAUGAAAAGCACCACAAAGUGUUCACUUUGCAUGUGCCAAUGUAUGUCUGUUCUAUUUGAUGUAAACAAAAAAAAGAGAAAUAAAUUCUGAAAAUGAUAAUGAG